UUUCCUUUGCCUUGGUGAAGACGGAAGACGGCAAUGGAGUCACUGCUGGUUUACGGAUGCGAUGGCAGAAGCCGCCCGCUGUCUCUCUCGCAUGGCUCUACUGUCGGGGCGCUUAGGGAGGAAGCCGCGGGUUUCCAGGGUUUGCCCAGCGAUGAUGUAUUCGUUCUGUGCAAUGGGAGGCUGGCGAGGGACGAGGACGUCGUGGUGCCAGGAAGCUGCUACCGGCUGCACGCCAAGCUGCUCGGCGGCAAGGGAGGGUUUGGCUCGAUGCUGCGUGCGCUGGGAGCUCAGAUCGAGAAGACGACAAACCGCGAGGCCUGCCGGGACCUGAGCGGCCGCCGUUUACGUGACGUCAACAGCGAGAAGGCCAUGGCGGAGUGGCUAAAGCAGCAGACAGACCGCGAAGCGGAGCGUGCUGAACGACGCCGCCAGCGGCUGGAGCGCCGCCUGAGCCAACCCAAGUACCACUACAGUGACCCCGUGUACGAGCAGCAGCUGCACGACAUGGCCGAGCGUCUGGACGACUCCGUGAUAAAAGGUGGCCGCACUGCAGACGCCAGCGCAGUGAGGCCUGGCGAGGUCCGCAAAAAGAGGCCCUCAUCUGAGGCCACCAAGAGCUCCGGCAAAAAGAAGUGCCUCUGGCUGGGAGUGGAAGGACUGGGAAACACCAGCAGCUCAGGCUCUGACAGCGACAGUCGGUCAAGCGCCUCCUCGAGCCCUCCGCCAACAACGAGCAGGAGCAGCAGCUCUGUCGAGGCGCGCCGCUCCGCCACCACUACCACCGCCAGCAGCAGCAGCGGGGACGAGGGUCAGAUCGGCAGAAAAGCAGCACCAUGCGACACCGCAACAGCUGCCAGGACAUCCGUCCAAGACGCCUCUGGUAGCGAAGCCAGCCCCUCUACAGGAGGGGAGAAGCAGGAAGCUGCAACUCCAAGCUCGAUAGAGAUGGGAGAGGGUGACAAAGGCGGCAAGAGUGAGAGCACCAGUGGGGUCAGUAGUGAGGAGAGAAAGGGAGGGGAGGUAGGAGAUGUCAGUCCUCAGCCGGGCAAGGCUGUAAACAUCGAGAAUCCAGAACCAGAGACCUCAGUCGACAGUGCAACCACCUCUGGAAGCACCCUGCCACCGAGUCCAGCAGAGAGUGUGGCUGCUACCGAAUCCACUCCCCCACCAAACACAGCAGUCGCAGAGGUCACUGCGGAGGUGGAUUUGAUGGCAUUGAGCUCUGUGGAAGAGCUGGAGGCACUGGGGUUGGAGUGUCUCAAGGCUGUCCUCAUGGCACGUGGCAUGAAGUGCGGUGGCACGCUGCACGAGAGGGCAGCACGGCUCUACUCUGUGCGUGGUGUGGACCCUGCACAAAUCGACCAAGCUCUUCUGGCAAAACCAGCCAAGCCAGGCAAAUCGGGAAAGUCAGGCCAAGGGGGCCAGGCCAACAAAGGGAAGUGAUGAGUAGCCUUGUUUUGGAUAUGGUUUAUGUAAUGGAGGGAUAUACUCGAUAAAAACGAAUAAUUCACAGUUUAAGGGAAUGUGUGUAAGCUAAUGGGAACACUUAAGCUACAUUUGAUAUUUCUAUCAUCUCCCCACAGAUGACCACACAAUGAACCCCAUUAAUGUUUUCAUCCACUUAAUCGGCCUACUGAAAGCCUCUUUUCUGGACAAUUUUAUAUCGUGGGUUAUUUUUUCCAAAACAUCCCUCAAGUGUAUAGAUAUUACAUUCAGGAUUGUAAUAAGAUUCAAUUUGUUCUGUAAAGUGAGUCAAAAUUGUACUUGAAUAUUUCAUACUAUUAAAUAUCCAGUCUUUCAA